AUGGUGUCUGAAGCAAGCAAGAAAAAGGCCGCCCAGAAGAAGGCCGCCGCCGCCGCUAAGAGAGGAGGCAAGAUAGCUGUCGCUGCUGCUUCAUCCAAAACCGCUUCGGAGAAAGCGGUUGACAGUGUUGCCAACGGAAUUGGGGAUAUUCAGAUAUCUGAUCGAACAUGCACCGGCGUCCUCUGUUCUCAUCCCCUUUCCAGAGAUAUUCGGAUAGAAUCUCUAUCAGUUACUUUCCACGGACAUGAUCUUAUAGUUGAUUCUGAAUUGGAGCUAAACUAUGGAAGACGUUAUGGUUUGCUUGGAUUAAAUGGUUGUGGAAAAUCUACCCUACUCACAGCUAUAGGGUUACGUGAACUUCCUAUUCCUGAGCACAUGGAUAUUUAUCACCUUAGCCGGGAAAUUGAAGCAUCUGACAUGUCUGCAUUGGAGGCUGUCAUUAGCUGUGAUGAGGAAAGGUUGAGAUUGGAGAAAGAAGCUGAAGUCCUGGGCGCACAAGAUGAUGGCGGUGGUGAAGCACUUGAGCGAGUUUAUGAACGACUGGAAGCUAUGGAUGCAUCAACUGCAGAAAAGCGUGCUGCUGAAAUUUUAUUUGGUCUUGGUUUCAACAAGCAGAUGCAGGCAAAGAAGACACGUGAUUUUUCUGGUGGUUGGAGAAUGAGGAUUGCUUUAGCACGGGCCCUAUUUAUGAACCCAACCAUUCUUCUUCUUGAUGAACCAACCAAUCACCUUGGUUGA